GUGCUGGAGAGCCUGGUGGCCAGGACCAUCAGACAGGUGGAGUCCACGCAGAGUAUGAUCAGGAUUCUGGGACUGUCGGCCACCCUGCCCAACUAUCUGGAUGUGGCCUCCUUCCUGCAUGUCAACCCCUACAUCGGCCUGUUUUUCUUUGACAGUCGCUUCAGACCCGUGCCUCUUGGACAAACCUUUGUUGGCAUUAAAACCAUCAACAAGAUCCAGCAGAUUCACGACACAGAAGAAGUUUGUUACAGCAAAGUUCUGGAGCAGGUGAAAGCGGGUCAUCAAGUCAUGGUGUUCGUGCAUGCUCGCAAUGCCACGGUAAGGACCGCUAUGGGCUUGAUCGAAAUGGCAAAGAAUCAUGGAGAAAUAAGUUUCUUCCAGCCGGACCAGGGUCCAGACUAUGGCCAGUUUGAGAAACAGAUCCAACGCUCUAGAAACAAACAGAUGAAGGAAAUGUUCCCAGAAGGCUUUGGGAUCCAUCAUGCUGGGAUGCUGAGGUCUGACCGAAGCUUGAUGGAGAGCCUGUUUUCUAAAGGCCAUCUCAAGGUUUUGGUCUGCACUGCCACCCUGGCCUGGGGAGUAAACCUGCCAGCUCAUGCAGUCAUUAUAAAGGGAACACAAAUUUAUGAUGCAAAGCGUGGUGCUUUUGUGGAUCUUGGUAUCCUGGAUGUUAUGCAGAUUUUCGGCCGAGCGGGUCGACCCCAGUUCGAUAAGUUUGGAGAAGGCACUAUCAUCACUACCCAUGACAAGCUGAGUCAUUAUCUGACUCUGCUGACCCAACAGAAUCCCAUUGAGAGUCAGUUCCUAAGCAGCCUGGCUGACAACCUGAAUGCAGAGACAUUCAACGAACUGUUCAACUCUCAGAGGACUGAAGCUGACAUCCUCAGCAUUGUGUCCAAGGCUGAAGAGUUCGACCAACUUAAGGUUCGAGAGGAGGAGUUGGAAGAAUUGGACCAGAUGCUUUGUAAUUACUGCGAGCUGCCAGCUGCCGGUGGGGCCGAAAAUGGUUACGGCAAAGUGAACAUCUUACUCCAGACUUACAUCGGUCGAGGAGAAGUGGAUAGCUUCUCACUCAUCUCUGAUCUGUCAUAUGUGGCACAGAACGCUGCUCGGAUUGUGCGGGCUCUGUUUGAGAUCGCUCUGAGGAAGCGCUGGCCUGCCAUGACUUACCGACUGCUCACCUUCUGCAAGGUGAUCGACAAAAGGCUUUGGGGCUUUGUGCACCCACUCCGCCAGUUCUCCCAUUUGAGCCAAGUGGUCUUGAGCCGCUUGGAGGAGAAGAAGCUCACUGUGGACAAACUGAAGGAGAUGAGGAAAGAUGAGAUUGGUCACAUGCUGCACCAUGUUAACAUUGGCUUGACUGUCAAACAGUGUGCACACCAGAUCCCCUCAGUCACAAUGGAGGCUAGCAUCCAACCAAUCACACGCACCGUCUUACGAGUCCGUCUUCUUGUCACGCCUGAUUUUUGCUGGAAUGAUCAGGUUCACGGGUCAGUGGGUGAGCCGUGGUGGUUGUGGGUGGAGGACCCCAUCAAUGACCACAUCUACCAUUCUGAGUACUUCCUUCUGCAGAAGAAACAGGUGCUAACUGGAGAGCCUCAGCACAUUGUAUUCACUAUCCCCAUCUUUGAGCCAUUACCUUCCCAGUACUACAUCAAGGCUGUGUCUGACCGCUGGCUUGGAGCAGAGGCUGUCUGUAUUAUCAACUUUCAGAACCUAAUUUUACCUGAGAGGCACCCCCCUCACACUGAACUUUUGGAUCUACAGCCGUUACCAGUGACGGCUCUGGGGAACCUGGAGUAUGAGAGUCUGUAUAAGUUCACUCACUUCAACCCCAUCCAAACCCAAAUCUUUCAUACUUUGUAUCACACGGACACCAACGUCUUGCUAGGAGCACCAACGGGCUCUGGGAAAACCAUUGCAGCUGAGCUGGCCAUGUUCCGGGUCUUUAACAAGUAUCCAUCUUCUAAGGUGGUCUACAUUGCCCCCCUAAAAGCCCUGGUGAGAGAAAGGAUCGAAGACUGGAAGAUCAGGAUUGAGGAGAAACUUGGAAAGAAAGUGGUGGAGCUGACAGGUGACGUGACUCCAGACAUGAGGGCUAUCGUGCAAGCUGAUCUAAUAGUCACCACACCAGAGAAGUGGGAUGGCGUGAGCAGAAGCUGGCAAAAUCGAAGCUAUGUUCAGAAAGUAGCCAUUCUUAUCAUCGAUGAAAUCCACUUGCUUGGGUCCUAG